AUGUCUUUUUCACCUCACAAACAUAGGAGAAAGAAUAGUCAUCUUUUCAUGGAACAAGCUACUUCAGGGUCGUCCUUUAGAGGAGAUAGAUCGGAUUUUGAACUAGAUAACUUGGAUAUCCCUCCGCCAUUGAAUAGUAGGACCUCUGAUCUCGAGAAUCAGGAUUUCAUUCUAGAUCAGAAUUCCCAAGCCUCUCCCUUCCCAUCGUUAGGCAGUAGUCUAGAGAGCUGGUACUUUAGUAAGAAAUUCGGUCAUAAUAGGAAACGAAUCACAGCCAUACUGAUAGGUUUCCUACUCGUUGUAUUCGUUCUCUUUGUAAUUCCCACGUUCUUUGUGAAGGAUUCAAGUAAUAGACGUGAAGGUUCAAACACAAACAAGAAUCCAAAAGUUGAUGUCGACAAAAGAGACAGAACUUUUACCAUUGAAGACGUAUUCAAUGGUGCUUUCAGUGUAGAUUCCACAAGUUUUCGUUUCAUUGACCCUCCAAAGAGACUAGAAAGCCAUGACACAGAUCCUGGCCUCUAUCUCACUUUGGAAGUCGAAGGAGAUACGACCAAUUUGGUGGCUAAGCAAUUGUUCGAUAAACAAUAUAAGAAGGUCCUAUGUGAAAGUAAAUUCACAUUUGCUGGUAUAGAAUACACCGUAUCUACUGCUUCAGUGAAUUACAGAUUAGAUAGAAUGAUUUUAGGGACAAAUAUUAAAAGCGAGUUCAGGCAUUCAUCAAGGGCCCUUUAUUGGCUGAAAGAUAUUGAAACUGGAGAUAUUAAACCAAUUAAUCCACUUGGAAACAAUGAUGAGAUUGUUAAGUUAUCAUACGCUAAAUUUUCUCCAAGUUAUAAUUACAUCUAUUUCGUACAUCAAAAUGAUUUGUAUUUCCAACACAGCUAUAUGGAACGCCAACCAGUCAGACUUACAAGAGACGGCUCAGAUACUGUUUUCAAUGCUAAGCCAGAUUGGAUCUAUGAGGAAGAAGUCAUGGGUGAUGAGAAAGCUAUUUGGUGGGCACCUGAUGAUUCUAAAUUCAUUUUCGCAAGGUUCAACGACAAUAACGUUGAUUCUUACGAUUUCUCCAUGUAUACUGACAAAGAUCAAUAUCCAAAAUCUAGAAGUAUAAGCUAUCCAAAACCAGGGAGACCAAACCCAACUGUCGAAUUAUUCGAAUUCAAUCACGGUGAGGGUGUUCUUUAUUCAGUUAAUGUCGACGAGAAGAUUGAUAAGGAACUUGUCCUAUAUGAUGCUGCUUGGAUAGAUAGCAAUCAUUUCAUAUUUAAGACUGCUGAUCGUCAUUCAAAGCAUUUGUCAGUGAAAAUGUACGAUACUGUUAAGAUUGCUUUAAAGACUAUACGCACGGAUGAUUAUACUCGUUUCAAUGGAUGGGUAGACAAGUUGAAAAAAAUAAUGGUUAUCCCACCGAAUGCGGCACAAGGAAGGAAGGAAUAUGGCUACGUAGAUGUACAGCCUGACAUUGACGGUUACAAUCAUUUGUUCUAUUAUGCAUCCCCAGAUUCUAAAAGUGGUAGACAACUUACUAAGGGAAACUGGGAAAUUACUGGCGAUGGUAUCGUAGGAUUUGAAUACGACAGUAAUACGGUCUUUUUCACAGCCAACCAAAUACAUCCAAUGGGUCAACAUUUAUAUGGAGUGACAUUGAAUAGCGUAGGCAAUGAAGGUGUGAAAACUUUACAAGACCCGAAUAGUAACCACGAUUUUUACCAAUAUGAGCUAAGUUCGAGUUGUAGAUAUGCUUUAAUGAAAAUGAUGGGACCUGGUAUUCCUCAAACUGAGGCUGGUUCCUUAUAUGAAGUUUUAAAGCCCUCUGAAUCUGAGCUUGCUAUAAAAUUAUCCAACGAUGCUAAUUUUAAGAAAACGCUAGAAAGAGUAGAUUUACCUCAAACGAAUUAUAAGACAAUGAAAUUAGACGAUGGUGUGGAAAUAAAUUAUAUAGAGAUUAAACCCGCAAAUAUGAAUGCUAAGAAGAAGUACCCUGUAUUGGUGAACGUUUAUGGCGGACCAGGUUCUCAAACAUUUACAACAAGGCAAUCAAUUUUAUUAGAACAAUCCGUGGCUUCAGGACUCGAUGCAAUAGUCUUGCAGAUUGAACCAAGGGGUACUGGUGGUAAAGGUUGGAGCUUCAGGGCUUGGGCCAACAGAAAACUGGGUUAUUGGGAACCUCGUGAUGUCACAGAGGUCACUAAGAAAUAUAUGUCAGAGAAAAAAGCCAAUAUAGACGACAGCAAAGUUGCCAUAUGGGGGUGGUCCUAUGGUGGUUUUACGACAUUGAAAACUGUAGAAUUUGAUAAAGGUGAGACUUUCAAGUAUGCAAUUGCCGUUGCUCCUGUUACAAACUGGCUAUAUUAUGAUUCGAUAUACACCGAAAGGUAUAUGGACGGUAUUGAAACUAAUUUAGAUGGAUAUCAAACCAUUUCUGUUGUCAACGAAGUAAGUAGUUUCAAAAACCUGAAAAGAUUCAUGUUAAUUCAUGGUACCGCAGAUGAUAACGUGCAUAUCCAAAAUACCUAUGAAUUUGUAGAUAAAUUGAAUUUGAACAAAUUAAGAAAUUACGAUAUGCAUAUAUUCCCGGACUCAGAUCAUUCUAUCAGGUAUCACGGUGCACAAAGAAUAAUUUACGAAAAGAUUUACUACUGGUUAGAUGAAGCAUUUUCGGGACAAUUAGAGAGCAUAAGACAUUAG